AUGUUAAUUGAUUUGGAAAAUAUUCGUUCAUUUGUAAUACGGCAUGAUUUAUUGGCUCAUUUGAAGGAAUUGGGAGAUCAUGAUUGGAAAAUAUGGAGCGAUCAAGGGAACAUUGGAGAUUUUAAAGAUUUUAUGGAUGAACUGUUGAGUGAAACAUUGAGAAACGGUAUAAAUCAUAUCGACCCUGCUGAUCAUAUCAAAUCAUAUCGAUCAUAUCGAUCCAUAUUGACCAGUGCCAAAUUAGGUCGAUUCGAAUUAGAUUUUUCAAGACCUUAUGACUAUCGUAUUCAUAUUCUUCUCGACCAGCUUACAAUAAGUCUCAAACGACUGAAAUUGGUCUAUAUGGACAUGUAUUAUCUAUAG